AUGGCUUUACAUCACAACGACAUGGCAGGAGGACAUGUAACACCAGAUGGGGUUGUUUAUCAUCAACAGAUAGAUCCAGAGCAUGACGAUUUACGGCGAAUGGAUGAUGAUCUCCACGAUCCUACAUAUGCUACUGAACAUGAAUUUGGUACCGACGAUGAUACUCCACAUCAUACCCAACCACGGGCUGUACAUCAAUGUAAUAUAUGCAACAAAAUUUUUGUUUCGUUUAAAGGCCUGCAACAACAUGCUGUAAUUCAUACAGAUCAAAAACCGUUUGGCUGUGAUAUUUGCGGGAAAGCAUUUCGGUUUAAAUCGAAUUUAUUUGAGCAUCGCUCGGUACAUAGUGGGUUCACUCCUCAUGCGUGUCCUUACUGCGGCAAAACAUGCAGACUUAAGGGUAAUUUAAAGAAACAUUUGAAAACACAUGUUUCAACAAAGGAAGAACUUGAAGAAGCCUGGAAGCCGUUUGCAAGCAAUCGAAGGCCACCAGCAGAUAUUCCUGAUGAUGCCAUAAUAGUGCGUAGCGCCGGUGAACCCUUUUUCACACCUCCAAGUCGUCCACGAAAGCGAAAACUUGGUUUAGGUCCUGAUGCGCGGCCGUGGAUUGAAAAAAUUCGACGUGGAGAAUUAUUACCAAGUGCUCCCAUAGUUGAAAAGAUGCGAAGACUAUCAGAAUUAUUAAAAUCAGCUGAAGAAAAUUCAUUUAAUCUUGACGAAAUAUUCGAACAAGCCCGUGCAUUGUCAUUUGAACGUUUUGAUUGUCCCAUCUGUAAAGUAGUCUUUAUGUCAAGGUUGGAGUGCGUGGAACAUAUUGAUAUUGAACAUCCGAUGGCAAGAACUGAGCGGCCAUUGUUUUGCGAAGUUUGUUUGAGAACUUUCGCAGAUCGCAAGGCAAUGGAGCAACAUGAAAGUUAUCAUAAACGGGUUCAUUUGCUCAUUGAACAUGGUGAUCUCGAGAUUGUGGAUCCGGAAAUUUUACUUCCGGAAACGUGUGACGUUAUGGAUGAAGAAGUAGAAGCUGUUUGA